CCCAGAUUAUAACCGUUGGUGGUACCGACACGGUGUCCGUUAAAACUUAAAACUAUACAAAAAACAAAACCAAUCCCAAUUUCUAAUAUUUUUUUUGUUUUUGAAGGUCAAGAUAGUUUUACAGAAAUUCAUAAACGACAUGGAAAAUCAGAGUGAGAAAGAGGAGCAAGUGAGGAGCGAUCAUAGCAAUGAAGAGCACAAACCAAAAUCAGCAGCCGACAACAAGCAGACUUCGGAUUAUGCUCCAUAUCCGAAGCUGGAUCCGAACGAUGUAAGACCUCCUCCAGAGAAUUGGGCUAACCCAUCAGUUGCUACUACCAUGCCCGCUGAAUCUAAUCCUUAUGUGUCCCCUGCUCCCCUCGCCCCAUCUUCUUCUAAGAAUAAAAUGGAUGAGGUGAAGGCUGUGCUUGGGAAAUGGGGAAAAAAAGCUGCUGAUGCUACCAAGAAAGCUGAGGAUCUUGCUGGCAACAUGUGGCAACACUUGAAAACUGGCCCUAGUCUUGCGGAUGCUGCUGUGGGAAGAAUUGCUCAGCAAACCAAGGUACUUGCUGAAGGUGGUUAUGAGAAAGUUUUUCAGAAAACUUUUGAAACCGUUCCUGAGGAACAACUUCAGAAGACGUACGCAUGCUACCUAUCCACUUCUGCUGGUCCUGUUACAGGAAUUCUAUAUUUGUCAACUGCAAAGCUUGCAUUUGUUAGCGACGAUCCCUUGGCUUACAAAGUUGGCGAUGAAACUCAAUAUAGCUACUAUAUGAUUGUUAUUCCAUUAAAUCAGCUGAAGGGUGUGAAUCCAUCAACCAGCAAGGUCAAUCCUGGAGAAAAAUACAUCCAGAUCAUCUCUGUCGACAAUCAUGAAUUUUGGUUCAUGGGAUUUGUGAACUAUGAUAGUGCGGUAAAAAAUCUUCAAGGAGCAUUGGAAAAACGCCAUGAGUGAUGUGUCGUAUCAGAAGUGUUUAAUGUCGAAAGUAUUGCUGUACAUAGAUAGAAGUAUUGGUGCAGAAAAAUAGAGGUAUGCUGCAUUUGUUCUAUAGAAUUUAUGCUAUGUUCUUUUGUGAUUUAAAUUUUAUACUCAUUGGUUUGCUAUGUUUUUUGUAUGAUUUAAAUUUUAUACUCAAUCGGUUGUAAUUUAUAAUUAAUUGUAUGGUUUGAAUUGUUAGAUGUGAGAAACUGUACAAGACACAAAAUUGUGAUAAUCAUACCAUAAUUUUUUAUUA